AUGUCCUACGCAGCCUACAGCCACUAUAACCAGCAACAACGCCUGAACAGGCCCCAUCAGGGCCCUGUGUCUUAUACAGCGUAUCCUGGCCAGUCUGUUCCGUGGACUCACCACUCUAGCCGCUCCUACUCGGCUGGGUCUAUUUAUUAUCCCCCCCGAUCCGCAUCCCCCUCGCCCUCCAAGGUAAACGGCUACCAUCCCCGCUCUAGAUCGGUUUCAGGUAAUGACUCGUUUCGAAGCUCGCCAAUUCCCAUGAGCUCUACAACAGCGCCUGCCGGUUCUGUUCCUGACAGAUAUCAUCGGCACCGCCCCUCUUUGAGGUCUUCGCCGAGCGUCAAAAGUUUUGACUUUGACUCGACGUCAACUCAAACGUCAAACACGUCCUCCAGCGGCUCGAUUCCUGAUGAAACCUCCAAACAAACAAACAUUCAACAAGUGCGCGAUGUGCUUAACAGGCCCUCGGUCCAAUCGAUGCCUGACCUCACCCUGCCCAAAGCCCGCAGUAAUUCGCCCACAAAGACUCCAGUCCCGGUUGAUAGUAUUACGCCCCCAUCUUCGGUAAGUGGUCCAACCGCCGCUUUCCAGCCAAUUCAACCAAAGUGGGCUAGAGCACCUUCCCCGCCUGACCCUGUGACCCAGCCACCAGCCCGUCGACAGCCGGCGAAGCAAGGACCAUUGGUAUUGCCAUCAGAUAUGCGAGUCAGGCACUCAGUAUCUAUGGUGGACUUACCUUCUGACGAGAAGAAUACGAAACCAAUGGUACGUCAGUCUGAGCCGACUUCCCGUCGAUCUCCAUCUGUUGAAGCCCUCCGUGGACCCCCUGUGGUUGCCAUGCCAGCCCCUCGUCCACACAGCAUGUACACCAACUAUUCGCUGACACCGGAGAUUUCUCCAAAGACAUCAAUUCAGAACGACGCCGAGACAAGAAGUCUCCAACCUGGUAGAGGCCCCGUACGCCCCACGCAACCACAACGUCCUGCAUCAGUUCUUGGCGUCAUAGGUGAAGCCAAAGCUGUUGCUAAUGCUCGAUCUCAAGGGCCGGCGCCGGCGCCGGCGCCAGUGCAUGCUGAUGCUCAAGCGAAACAAACAUUGAAGAAGUCGCGCUCCUUUGGUGAUCGUCUGCGGUCCCUGUUUGGAUCCGGCAAGUCUACCACUAAUUCAUCUUCUGCUAAAUCCCAGGCAGCGGUAAAGCCUGCACGUCAGCCCUCUCGUACUGGUACUCAAAGCUCCCAGGAACUCAAGAGUGAUGCUGCUUCGAUGACCUCGGUCAAGUCAAGUAUGUCAACUCUUUCUAUGAGCUCGAUGCGCACUAUGUUUAAGCGGAAAGACAAGAAGGUCCCAUCCUCGCCUUCUUUCGAGGUCCUAACACGUCCAAUGUCUGCGCAAGAGCAGCAACAGCAUGUUGAAUCUCAGCUGCGACACCAGUUGCGUGAUCACAAAGGAAGCCAGCCGAAGAUUGAUUAUACCCCUCGGUCAUAUAGGAACUCCUUGGGCGUUUCCCGUCCGGUAUCUGUAUCAUCAAUCAACAGUUUGAGUGAUAGGCAAGGCGGCUCGGUUUCUCGUAUCCCGUCAGCGGUGGAGACAGAAGAGAGCCUGGCCCGCCCUGUUAGUAUGGCGUUUGGCGAUGCGUUAUCUCCAGAGACACCUGAAGUUGCUAUCUUUUCAGAUGGUGUCGAAGAUACGAGAACGCCCACUCCUUUACCCACUCUUGCUGAUGAUCAGGCAGAAUCCGACGAUGACGGCGUUGACUUGUCUACUGCUUCUUCGACAGUGUUUCCCAAAUCUCUGGAUGCAGAAGGCGUGGCCAACAUCCUGUCUUCGCUCGAUGUGCCUCAUCGCGAAUUGAGUCGUAAAUCUUCUCGAAGAUCGAAUCGAAGCGCAAAGGAGCGCGAGGAGGAGUCUGUUCCCGAUCCUCAGGAGAUCUAUGUCGGCUCGACUCCUGAGGAUCUGAAGAGUCUUGAAACGUUCUCAUUUCCCUCAACCUUGGAUUCCUUGGAUCUUUUCCACCCCGCGCUGGAUACAGAGCCUUUCAACUUCCGGGGAGUUUAUGAGCAUGCUGGCUCUCGUACUCGCAGCUCUCUUCGCAAAGGCUCGAGGUCCGGCCCUCGUCGCCAGAAGGUUUCGUUCUCAUCGCGAAUCGUUGUCUUUGAUACCUAUGCCGAGACGGACUACGACCGCACUCCUGAGGAGGCCACUUGCCAUCGCCUGAGCACACCCGGGUUGGCGCAUCAAAUCAAGCAAGAGCUUAACAGUUUCAAAGUACAAAUGGAGGUCCACGAACAAUCCCGAGCAUACACCCAUUAUUUCCGGGACUAA